AUGGCUACUUAUUCACCUUAUCGCUCGACUCCCGGUGGGGAGUUCUUCUACGACGACAAGGGGUUUCCCACUCCGUCCCCGACGCCCUCGCCUCGGGGCCCGAGCUACUACUUCGGAACAAUGGCCACGCCUCAGCGUCCCUCAACCCGCGCUCACUUCCGCACCGGGAGCACCACCGGCUUUCCCCUCUACGGCAGCCCUCGUGCUUCCUUCUCCCCCCGGUACACGAGCGACGGCCUCUACGGCACUGUCAAUGUGAGUCAUUCGCAUUCGCGUACGCGAAAGCAUAGUUUUUCCGGUCUGCCGUCUCCUCGCCUCGAGCGUCGCCGCUCCUUUUCCUACAUUCGGCCCUCAGACAGGCAUGGGGAGUCCGACGAGGAGGAAUUUCUGAAUGCUAGCGGCGCCAGUUUCACGGUGCCCGCGAGGUCCACGGCCAGACGUCAUAGGGAUUUUCAUAGCGUGAACGCUGGAGGGCAUGGGACUGAUCACCAUCGCUAUGCACAGGGCGGUCCUUACUUCGACAGAGAAGCUGCUGGGUUCGCAUCGCCGUGGUACGAGCCCGACCGCCGGCCCCAGAUGACUGGCCACCCUCGACGCAACUCAACCUCGGUGCCCCAGAUGCCCCCAAGACCCCAGACCGCCCGGCCCGCCAGCGUUCACAGGAAGCCCCCGCCGCCCCCUCCUCAUCGCCAGGCCACCGAGGCCGACGCCAAGCGGUACAAGAUCCCUCCCGGCUACUCGCUCAAGAACUGGGACCCCUCCGAGGAGCCUAUCCUGCUCCUGGGUAGUGUCUUCGACGCCAAUUCCCUUGGCAAGUGGAUCUAUGACUGGACCGUUUACCAUCAUGGUCCCAACGGCGCCUUUGCCGACAUGGCUGGUGAGCUCUGGCUCCUGCUGAUCCAGCUGGCCGGCAAGCGCAAGCGUGCCGAGGAGAUCAUCCCCAAGAUUCGCUCCAAGGAGAACCGCGAGAUGGUCGAGGAGUUCAUCCAGGCCGGUGAGCGUAUCUCCGACAAGCUUCGCAAGCUCCUCAAGGCCUGUGAGGCCCCCAUGCUCCGCUCUGCUACCAAGGACGGCGAGAAGGCCCCUGGUCAGCUGGGUAAGGACGCCGGCGUCGAGUUUGUCGAGACCCUCUUCGGCCGCGACCGCGAGCUCGAGCGCACGGAGAAGUUCAUGAGCUCACUUCGCACCUGGAACCUCAGGUUUGAUACCAACUGCGAGGAGAUUCUCCGCAAGCCGACCGUGUAA